AUGUGUUUCUUGGUAUUUCUCUUUUCCAUUUCCCUUCAGGAAGCUAGCGGUGGCUUCGUGUCGCAGUUUGGUGAUGUCCGCAACGUGUGUCCUAUCCACUUCCAGUGUCUUUUCCUAGUAUCUUCUUCAACUGAAAGCUGGAUUGUUCUAUCCUCCAGUAGACUGUUGCUGAUGGUAUCCUGUCAACGGACAUUGCGAAUCUUGC